GAGAAAGAAAGAAGCGAGAGACGAGCAGUCACCUGAUCACUUUCCUUCUGGGGCUCGGUCACUCGCUUGUGUCCGGGCUCUAGCGAUUCUGACGCUCUCAGGAACCACGAUCUUCAGAAUAUCCGCGCCCCCAUUAGUCUGCGGGAAGUGACUCCCCCCUAGCUCGGGCCGUGUAGCUGGCGGAACCUCGCAAAAGCCGCUGGGUUUGAUGAAGACCAGAGAAGUAUGCUUUCCAUUGAACUUCACACCAUCUUUUGUCAUAGAGAAUGUCCCUAACUGAGAAUAGAAUGUUUUUUGCAUAUGAAUCUUCAGUACACAGUAACAAUACUCUUUUGAGCCUCAAUGAUCAAAGGAAAAGAGAUCUUCUUUGUGAUGUCACUGUGCUAGUGGAAGAUCAGCAAUUUCGUGCUCAUCGUUGUGUGCUUGCAGCAUGCAGCAGUUACUUUCUUUCAAGAAUUGUUGGCCAAUCAGAUACGGAUCUUAUCAUUACUCUUCCAGAAGAGGUAACAGUUAAAGGAUUUAAUCCCUUGAUUCAGUUUGCCUAUACAGCUAAGCUUAUUUUAAAUAAAGACAAUGUGGAUGACGUAUACAAAUGUGUUAAAUUUUUAGGCGUGCAUAACAUUGAAGAAUCCUGUUUUCAGUUUCUCAGACUUAAAUUUUUGAACUCCACAGCAGACCAGCAAGAAUACCCAACAAAAAAAUGCUUUACAUCACACUGUCAGAAAGCCAACACUAAACUUUCACUAUUGGAUCAUGGGGAUCUAGAAAUAAAUGAAGUAGAAGAACUUCUAGAAAAUGAACAUGUUCCAACUCCUCACUUUAAACUCCAUACGUGUAAAGAAAAUGUAAAGAUACCACCUCCUCUCCAAGAGAGUGCCAAUCAAACAUAUGAAUCGUGCUUAGAAAAGGAAGGUGUUCUUGGUUUGCCAUCUUUAGGCCCAAAGUACAGGAAAUUCCAAAAAGCUUUUGGAACAGAUAGAGUUCAUAUUGCGGAAUCCAGUGUUAAAGAUAUUCAAACAUCAACGUUUGUUUCUGUUCAGCCAAAUGAAUUAUCUGCAAAUGAAGACAUAGAAACCCCAGAUUGUACAGAUUCACAGAUGACUUUAAAACAUGAAGAUAGUCAAAUAGAAAUGGCUGAUGAGGAAGAAGCAAAGGGGGAAAAAAAUUCAUGUCAGAGUUCUGUGGCAAAAAUAGAGAUGACACAGUUUCCCCCAGAUCCUUCUGUGGCACCCCAUGGACUUUAUUCUCUUUCUCUCUUGCACACAUAUGAACAAUAUGGUGAUUUAAAUCUUACAGGUAUGCAAAAUGCAGCUAUGUUAGCUGAAGACCCUUUGACUGGUACAGAUACAAGAGCAGAUAAAAUAGUCACUGAAAAUCAAGCUCUGCCUUUGAAAUCUGCUUUAGGCCAAAGGGAUGACAGGCCUGCAUCAACAAAUGAUCGAAGCAGUGUGGAAAGGGAAGUAGCAGAGCACCUAGCAAAAGGUUUCUGGAGUGACCUUUGCAAUACAGACACUAAUUGUCAAAUUCAGUUUUCACCUGCCCUAGCAAAAGAUUGUUCAGAACAUGUAUUUUCACAAAAAAGGUCAGAGUGUCCCUGGUUAGGUAUCAGAAUCAGUGAGAGUCCUGAACAGUGUCAAAGAACUUUUACUACACUGAAUUCCGUCAGCUGCCCAUUUAUAAAUACUCUUAAUACUGAAGAAUGUACAAAUAAUUUGGAAAUAGGAAGUGACGAUUUUGUACCAGAACCACAGCAAGAACCUUGCUCGUAUGAAUGUGUGAUUAGCUUGGGAGAUGAUUCUGAAACCGAUACAGAAGGGGACAGUGAAUCUUAUUCAGCCAGAGAACAAGAGUGUGAGGUUAAACUGCCAUUCAAUGCACAAAGAAUCAUUUCACUUUCUCGAAAUGAUUUUCAGUCCAUGCUGAAAAUGCAUAAGUUGACUCCAGAACAGCUGGAUUGUAUACAUGAUAUUCGAAGACGAAGUAAAAAUAGAAUUGCUGCACAGCGUUGUCGAAAAAGAAAACUUGACUGCAUACAGAAUCUUGAGUUAGAAAUUGAAAAGUUGCAAAAGGAGAAGGAGAGUUUACUAAAAGAAAGAGAUCAUAUUUUAUCUACACUGGGUGAAACAAAGCAGAACUUAACUGGACUUUGCCAGCAGGUAUGCAAAGAAGCAGCUUUAAGUCAUGAACAGAUCCAGAUACUUGCAAAGUACUCUGCCUCAGAUUGCCCACUUACAUUAUUAAUUUCUGAAAAAGAAAAAACUACUCCUGACUCUGAACUUGUGCCACCAUCAUGUAUGGAUUUACCUCAUGGGCUUCCAAAUGUUCCAAUGGCCAGAGAACAAAGUUCCCCUUAUCCAUGUGUAAGAGAAACAAAUGAUUCAAUGCAGGAACAACAGCAAGAUUCCUAUCAGAACUCCCCACGAACUUCAUCAUUGCUUAUAGAACAAUGUUGUCAGAGUGGUGGCAUCACAGAUUUCUGUCAGGUGACUGGUAAAUGCACUGCUGAUGAUUAAAGCAAUUUUAUUUCCUUUCUACCAUUUACUUUUGUGAUCAAGUUUUUUGUAUUAACGUGAAACUCUAAUAUAGGUUCCAAACAUUAGUUUCUGCUAAGUUUGCUGUUAAGCAUGUUUCUUUUAAAUUGAUAUUGUCAUCCCCUUCAUUAGAAAAUCAGAAAUAAGUUUUAUUAGAAAGUAUUUUGAUUUGUAUGGAAUAAUUACACCUGAGAAUAUGGCAAACCUUUAAAAAAUCACAUAAGAUAGUAGUUUUAAUUUGUUACCGUUAAUACUGGAAUGGUUUGGAAAAGUCUAGCACCUUUUUUGGGGGGCUGGGGGACUGCUAGUGAUCCUUAAAAAUUUAAAAACAUAAAAAAUCAGAUUUCAAGUCAUCAGUGAAUAUUUAUUACAUGGCUGCUGUGUUUUAAGCACUGUGUUAAGUGCUUGGAGAUGCAAGGAGGGAGAAAGACAGUUCAUGUCCUCAAGAAGUUUACAGUCUACUGGGAAGACAAAAUACAAACAACUAUGUAGAAAUAAGAUAUAUACAGGAUAAAUUUUGGAUUAUCUUAAAGGGAACACACUAAUGUUGAGGGGUGGUGGGAAAAGCUUCUUGCAGAAAGUAGAAUUUUAGCUGACAUUAAUUUAAGGAAGUCAGGAGGAAGAGAUGAAACCAAAGAGAAUUCCAAGAAUGAAAUAGGUAGUGAUAAAAUGGAAGAUAAAAGUAUCUUGUAUGAAGAACAAAAUAGGUAGGAGGCCAGUGUCAUUGAAUCAAAGAGUAUGUGGAGGGAGAAUAAGGUGCAACACUUCUAAAUUUUUAAGUAUUACAUAUUUUUUUAAGAUAUUAAAAAAAAAACCUCCCCCCCUGUUAUCAAUAAAUAGAAGAAUGCCUAUUUUAGGGAAAACUUGGCAAAUAGACUUCCCAAAUUCAAGAAGUUGGAAAAUACAUUCUCAUGAAUUAAGUACAAAAUUCUGUUAAUCAGGGGCACCUAGGUGGUUCAGUGGAUAAAGCACUGGUCCUGGAUUCAGGCAGACCUGAGUUCAAAUCUAGCCUCAGACACUUGACACUUACUAGCUGUGUGACCCUGGGCAAGUCACUUAACUCUCAUUGCCCCACAAAAAACCACCACAAAACAAAAACAGAAACAAAAACAAAAUUCUGUUAAUCAUAUUUCUGCUAAUAUAGAAGAGCUCAAAUAAUCAAGUAAUAUGUUUAAUUUAUUAACAAACAACUUAUGAGUCUUUUGGGGCAUAUUACUUGACGCCACUAUGGAACUACAUUUUAAGGUUUGAGGUUUAAUGUCUUUUCCCCUGAAUUAAAUUAUUAACAAUUUUUCCUUUUCACUGAUAAAGAUAACUAAAAGGGAGAAGGAGAUUUGCAAGAAUUCAUCAGACAUAUGUCAGUCAACAAGCAUUUAUUAAGCAACAUGCUUUUCUGUCAUGUUGGGACAUACUUGUUGAAAAAGCAUUAAUCAGUAAAGCACUAAAAUUUCACUAGUUUGGAAGCUUAAUUAAAUUUUCUGAAUAGGGUUAUAUCCACUUACAUAGUACAACGGCACAGUCACCUUAACUUGAAUGUUUUUGUAAAAUUCUGAAUUUUAAUUUGAUUAUAAAAUAUAAAAUCAUAUAAAAUGAUAUUUAAUUCUUUGGUAAAGGCUUAGUUACUAAGGACAUUUCAUUGAAAAAGUAUCCAAAAUGAGCUGGUCUUUGGAGUGGCUGGUUCCAUGAUUGGAUUUGUCCUAAGUCUUUAGAAUGACUUAUCAUGAAAAAUAUUAGUGUUUUGAGAAAUAAACUCAUAGUGUAUUGAAUGAUCCUAAAAAUACACCUCCCAUAACCUACAUUGGGACCAAUCUUAAUAUUUAGAAAUUUAAGAAAUUUUAAUUUUCUUCCCGUUUUUGAUGUGGGAAAAUUCUCUAGUAUUUUAAUUGCUUAUAAAUUACAGAUGUUGUAACAAGAAAUGAAUUAGGUUUUGGUUUAUUCUCUAUAGACUUGAAGAAACAUUUAAAACAUUUUUAUAAUUGUAAAUCACAUGAAAUAGAUGAAAACAACUGUAUAUAAAUGAUCUAUAGCCAUUUUUAAAUUUCAUUCUUGAUUUUUCAGCUUCACACAGUUGAGUAUAAAUUUUUUUUCUGAUUUGCAAAAUGUCAACUCUUGUAUAAGCCAAUGGCUAGAAUCUUUGAUUCCCUACCUCAUUAUACACAUAAAUGUUUUUCAUAUCAGCAUGUGUAUAUGCAAAAAUGUCAAAUAAUCUGCUCUUACUACUGCUGUAAGUAUUGGUAGGUUAUUCAGUAUUUUAUGACAAAGCUUCAUUGUCUCUAGAGUUUAAAAAUAAUUUUCACAGCACUGGGUUUUAAAUCUACAUAGUCAAAUAUGUAACUAAACUAGCCUGUGGAAUCCUUUUCUAAAGUUUGGCCAAUAAUUAAAAUGUUUAUUUCUUGAUACUGAAUAUUAUUCCUUAUAACCAGCAUGUAAUACAAAUAACUACACUACCUCAUAUGCAAGUGAUUGUCAAGUUAUAAAACAUGUUCAGAGAAUAUUUUAAAGAAUUUUAAAACAUUUUUGCUUUUCCCCUUGAUGAGGUGGGGAAGUUUUAUUCUGUAUAUUGCAUAGAUUGUGCACGUGACGGAAUGACAACAUAAUACAAUGGAUACCUUGACCACCAUUUGCAGUUCUUCAGUUUGCUAUGGAUACAUUCUUUGUACAUGAUAUGCAGAACCAUUUGUUUCAUCCUUCUGUACUUUGUUUAAUGUUUCAUGUCUUAUGUAAUUUUCUGAAAACAAUUACAUUUAACACAGUCUUAAUUGUAUUAUGUUAUUUUUUAGACUUUAAAAAAUAAUUUUAAUACUAAUGGCAAAUUAUGUGCUACUCAGAAUUAAUGUGAAUAUCAUAUCUGUGCUAAAUAUUUUUCUUAUUUUUGAAAAUAUCUGUUGAAGAUUAAUGUUUAAUCAUCUACAUUUUAGUAAUUAGAAAAUAUAUUUAAUGCAGUAAGAAUAAAGAUUGCAUGUAGAUUCUGAGUCAUCAAUUUGAAAGAAAACAUGGCAAUAUUAUAAAUUCUCAGGUGAACAUUUUUUUAGUCACGAAACAUGUAUUUUGAAUUUCUAAGUGUUUUAAGUGUUAAUGCAUGUAGUAAACCACAUUUUGAAACUUUUGGGGCAAAAUGUAAACUUAGCCAUAAAAAUUAAAAAUGGCAGACUGAUUGUAAAAUCUAAAAUAACAUCUUUGUAUCUUUUUUCAUCUUUCUAAUAUAAAAUCAUUAUUCUUCCUAAUAAGGCAAGAUCUUAUUAAAAGUAUAAUUCUGUAAUACUUCAGUUAUACCUCUUUUAUCUUGCUGUUUUUUAACCUGUUGUUGGUUAAAAAUAGCCAAAUCCAAGACAUUAGUUUCUUUGCUCCUUGGUAAUAAAUUUGCUGUUGAAUAAA